AUGAAGUUUGCCAAUUUCCUCUUUACUAUUCUUCCUCUGGCCUCUGCUGCCAAGAGCAUCAACAAGCCUCGAACAGACUACGUCCCUCAACCUGCAACUGCAGAAGAGUGCUGCCCCUUCACCUACAAGGCAACAUGCACCAAGAAUCUCGAGCGCAUGUAUCACAUCCAGCUCUUCUACAACCACAAGAAGGACAUCACACCUAAGAAGUUUAGCGCAUACUGGGCCAACAACCACACCAAGACAGCCGGAGACUUUCAUCUUCGUCAGGGCGUUUACAAGUACUCUCAGUAUCACUCCACUCCCCAGUAUCGUGACCUGGUCCGGGUUCCGGGUGCUGCUCCCGUACUUGAAUUUGAUGGCGCUGCGCAAUUUUGGGUCCAGAAUAUGGAGACCUUUGCAGCCAUGGGAGCUGAUGCGUUUUAUAGAGACGUGAUUCAGCCUGAUGAGCUUAACUUUAUUGAUAUGGAGUCUAUGAGACUGAUUGUUGGUGUUGACUAUAUCGUUGUCGACAACCAGAACGCUGUCACGGAGCAUGGUCGAUCAUUUUAA